AUGGACUUUCGUGGCAGUUUGCAUCGCUAUUUAAAACUUUACAAGGACGGUUAUAAGGUUUUUCGGGAUCCCCGAUUGGAGUCGACGCAUUCCACGGCCUUUUACUGGAGGGAGCAGAUGAAAGCCAUGCUUUUAUACACGACCUCCGAAGAACGUCUAUUACCCUAUCGUUCCAUUUGGCACACUUUUGUGUUUAUUAAAGCUGUGGUCUUUUUUGGAACAAUUAUUUAUGGUCUAACUGAAUCUGUAGGCGACAGUGUUGAAAUGGGUCGAGAUAUUGCUUUUAUCAUUGGAACAUUUUUUAUUGUUUUUAAAAUUUUUUAUUUUCAAUGGUAUGGCGAUGAUCUUGACGAGGUGAUCAACGACUUGGAGGCAUUUCAUCCUUGGGCACUGGAGGGUCCGGGAGCUGUAGACUUUCGACCUGGCAAGCGUUGGUACUUCUUGAUGGCGUUUUUUAUGUCUUCAUCUUGGGCCUUCUUCCUGUGUAUUUUUCUCCUACUACUAAUAACGUCACCAAUGUGGGUCCAGCAGCAAAACCUACCCUUUCACGCGGCCUUUCCAUUCCAAUGGCACGAUAGAUCCUCUCACCCGAUCACCCACGCCGCAAUUUAUUUGUUUCAGAGUUAUUUAGGGGCAUACGCUCUUACCUGGCUGUUAUGUAUCGAGGGACUCUCUGUGUGCAUUUACGCGGAGCUAACUUUUGCCAUUGAGGUUCUAUGCCUCGAACUUAGGAACCUACACCGCAGAUGUAAUGGAAAUGAACAGCUUAGACGGGAGAUGAUUCGCCUGGUCAGGUUUCAUCAGAAGAUUAUCGAAAUUUUAGAUCGUAUUAAUGACGUUUUUCAUGGUACCCUUAUUAUGCAAAUGUCAGUAAACUUCUCCUUGGUAUCCCUUUCGGUUUUAGAGGCCAUGGAGGCCCGAAAAGACCCCAAGGUGGUGGCUCAAUUUGGAGUCCUGAUGUUGCUCGCCUUGGGACAUCUGUCCAUGUGGUCGGUGUUUGGAGAUAUGUUAUCCCAGGAGUCAUUGAAAGUAGCGGAGGCUGCUUACGAUGCAUAUGACCCCACUAAAGGAUCAAAAGAUGUUUAUAGAAUCCUCUGCUUAAUCAUUCGACGUGCCCAGGAACCGCUGAUCAUGAGAGCCAGCCCCUUUCCUUCAUUUAAUUUAAUAAACUACGCCGCUAUACUCAAUCAAUGCUACGGAAUCCUCACAUUUUUAUUAAAAACUUUGGAUUAA